AGCCGGAACUGGGCGGGGUUCCGAGCUUGGGCGGGAGGAGGAGCGUGGGCAGGACUAACCCCACGAAGUGCACGCCGGACACCGGCUUGCAACCAUGCUCCGCUGGACCCGAGCCUGGAGGCUCCCCCAUGGGGGGCUCGGCUUCUCCAGUCCUAGCUUCACGAGGGUGCCCGUCGCACCCAGCAGCAGCGGAGGCCGAGGGGGCGCCGAGCCGAGGCCGCUGCCGCUGUCCUACAGGCUUCUGGACGGGGAGGCAGCCCUCCCAGCCGUCGUGUUUCUGCACGGGCUUUUCGGCAGCAAAACUAACUUCAACUCCAUCGCUAAGGCCUUGGCCCAGCAGACAGGCCGGAGGGUGCUGACGGUGGAUGCUCGUAACCAUGGUGACAGCCCCCACAGCCCGGACAUGAGCUAUGAGAUCAUGAGCCAAGACCUGCAGGACCUCCUGCCCCAGCUGGGCCUGGCACCCUGUGUCAUCGUUGGCCACAGCAUGGGAGGGAAGACAGCCAUGCUGCUGGCACUACAGAGGCCAGAUCUGGUGGAACGCCUGAUUGCUGUAGAUAUCAGCCCAGUGGAAACCACAGGCAUCUCCAACUUUGCAACCUAUGUGACAGCCAUGAGGACCAUCAACAUCCCAGAUGAGCUGCCCCGCUCCCAUGCCCGAAAACUGGCUGAUGAACAGCUUAGUUCUGUCGUCCAGGACAUGGCCGUGCGGCAGUUCCUGCUCACUAACCUGGUGGAGGUAGAUGGGCGCUUCGUGUGGAGGGUGAACUUGAAUGCCCUGACCCAGCACCUAGACAAGAUCUUGGCCUUCCCACAGAGGCAGGAGUCUUACCUUGGGCCAACGCUCUUUCUCUGUGGUGGAAACUCCCAAUUCGUGCAUCCCAGCCACCACCCUGAGAUUAUGCGGCUCUUCCCUCGGGCCCAGAUGCAGACGGUGCCUAACGCUGGCCACUGGAUCCAUGCUGACCGCCCACAGGACUUCAUAGCUGCCAUCCGAGGCUUCCUGGUCUGAGUUGCUGGCAAGAAGCGGGGCUGGCGCAGUGGCUUAUGCCUGUAAUCCCAGCACUUUGGGAGGCCGAGACAGGAGGAUCACUUGAGGCCAGGAGUUCGAGACCAGCCUGGCCAACAUGGUGAAACUCCAUCUCUACUAAAAAUGCAAAAAUUAGCCUGG